GCUGCUUUAGGCUAAUGACACUAUCACUCUGCACUAAUAUUUCCCCUUCUUCCAAUGUGGCAUCUAAGGCACAUUCAGAGGAUCUGGUCAUACACAAUCUGCACAUUGUCAGGAGCUGCAGGAGCAAGGCUUGCAACUAGACUGGGAGGAUGGAGGGAAGGAGCAGUAGCAGCAAGACCACGACUACAGAUAGAAGACCUGCAGCAGAAUCAAAAACCCCCUCCAGGAUAUGUUGGGUCAUCUUGUCUAUAAUCUUGUUUUUUACAAUUGUCGGCAUCAGUGUGGUAGGCGCUCUCAGCUUCGCCCAGAGCACUGCCAAGCCUCUCUUGCAGAUUGCCCGGCUGACAUUUCAGGACCAGCAGGGCUCCCUGGUGAACCAGACAGCUGUUGUGGACCAGUCCAGGAGCACCAUCACUUACUAUGUGACUUCGCCGAGUAACCGCACAGCUGUGGUGCUGUUUGACAGCCAGAAUGGCUACGUCUGUUACAAACCUGCAGAGCAAAGUGCAUGUUUCCUGCGGAGGAUGGACCAUCAGGACCUGGAGAACAUCCAGCUGUCUUUCAAUGCAUCUGUGCACAGGGAUGAUCCACGGCUGCUCCAGAACAACCAAACCAAGUACGUCCAAGAGUUCCUGGGGAUCGUAGCCGUUGCACCGGUGGACCCUGCAGGUGUGGGGGAAGCCGUCCGAGCCCUCUGUGAACUGGGCUCCAUUUACUGGGUCAGGAAAGGGGAUGGCAGAGCAUCGAGUCCCCACUUAGAGCAGAUGCCCUCCACUGAUGAGUCUCCACAGCCCGUCCGCUCACGUCCUCUCUGCUCAGGCCCAACGAGGGCAUCAGCUGUAGGGGCUCUCCGCGAAAGCUCAGCAGGCACCGCCAAAAUCAAAUUUCACUGAGUGCCUGCAGCAGCUCCACGGGUUAAUGUCCACCCCCUCCUUCCAUCGACUGACAGCCGCCUGCCAGAGCCGGCACUGCUCGAUCUGAACCAGUCCCCAAGAACUAGAAGGGCUCCACCAGGGCCUCGCUACACAACCAGCCUUGCUUACAAGGCC